UAACCGACUGUCUCGACAUGACUGAAGUGCAGCUCCAAGCAGCCAUCCAACCGGACUGGCAAGGGCGCUACUACCAUAUUGAUCAAAUACUCGACAGACCUGGUCCUCGGACUGACGAGUCAUUCCCCGCUGGAGAUGAGGGAGAAUUGCAAGAUCCUCGUCAUCGGAGCAGGAGGACUUGGGUGUGAGAUUUUGGCAAAUUUAGCAUUGUCAGGGUUCAAGGACAUUCAUGUCAUCGACAUGGAUACGAUCGACAUUAGCAACCUGAACCGACAAUUCUUGUUCAGGCCGAAAGACGUCGGUCAGCCAAAAGCCACUGUGGCAGCUGCGUAUGUCAUGAAUCGCGUACCGGGAUGUAAAGUGACUCCGUAUUUUGGGAAGAUACAGGACAAGGACGAAGAUUAUUACAUGCAGUUCAACUUAGUAAUAUGUGGUCUUGACAGCGUCGAAGCUCGGCGUUGGAUCAACGCCACCUUAUUCAACAUGGUUGACCCAGACGUCCCCGAAAGCCUCAAACCGCUGAUUGAUGGCGGAACAGAAGGCUUCAAGGGUCAGGCUCGUGUGAUUCUCCCCACCGUUUCAUCGUGUUACGAAUGCAGUUUGGACAUGUUAAACAAACCUACCGCUUUCCCCAUUUGCACCAUCGCGAAUACCCCUCGGCUUCCUGAGCAUUGUAUAGAAUGGGCCAGCGUGCUUGAGUGGCCGAAAGUUAAAGGAGACCUCAAGUUGGACACUGAUGAUCCCAAUCAUAUAAAUUGGCUCUACGAGAUUGCCUCUGCGCGAGCAAGAGAGUUUAAGAUUGAAGGUGUGACAUGGUCCCUUACGCAGGGUGUUGUCAAGAACAUCAUCCCCGCCAUCGCAUCCACAAAUGCAAUUAUUGCCGCCUCUUGCUGUACUGAAGCUCUCAAGAUUGCCACCAAUUCCGCACCCUACCUCGACAACUAUUUCAUGCUAAUCGGGACAGACGGCAUAUAUUCCUACACAUUUCAGCACGAGAAGAAGCCUGAUUGCCCCGUUUGCGGCGGUGCCUCUAAACUGGCCAGCAUUCCAAAAGAUUUCACGGUCGAACAACUCAUCGAGUGGCUCACCGAGAAACAAGAUAUCCAAGCGAAAAGGCCAUCCUUGUCAUAUGCAAACAGGCCUAUCUACUUCCAAGCACCCCCUUCGCUCGAAGCAUCGACAAGGCCCAACUUGGAAAAACCGGUGUCCGACAUCGUGCCCUAUGGACAUGAGCUCACCGUUACAUCUGCCACCCUCCCCUUUAAUCUUACACUCAAGGUCGAGUAUAUCUGAGUCUCCUGUUCCGCAUCUCUGUUUAAUAUGUAGAAUACCUCCCAUGUUGUAACCUCGGCUGUUUGACAUGGUGGCAAGUCAACGAAACGAUCGCACGAUUACAAGGCGUAACACCAGUCUAACCUGACGGAAUGCAUCUUGUUAAUG